CGUCACCGUCUGAACGCUUUACUGACCCCGCUUGUGAACAUCUCCUCUCUAGCCACGUCGGAGUGCUUGCUCUGACACUUACUCUGGGUCUAAUCUCGGAGCUUAGAGGAGUGUGCUUACUAUGGCGCCCACCAUGAAGCUCCCCGUGGUCCUAUAUCAUUAUGAUGGUUCUCCCUUCGCCACUAAGGUUAAGAACUUGUUAGCAUUGAAGAAGAUCCCUCACACAAGGGUUGCGGUCUCCACGACUCUACCUCGCCCCGACUUGGCCGACCGUCUCGGAGUAACCUACCGUCGGAUCCCGGUCCUUGCUAUUGGCAAAGAUGUCUACUGUGACACAAGCCUCAUCGCUGCCGUCCUCGAACGUCGUUUCCCUCCUUCCGAAGGGUAUGCCACGUUCUUCCCAGCACGCAAGGGAGGGGGCAAGGCAGACACCGGCAUGAUCAAGGCGCUGUCCUUCUCCUAUGGGGACCGUACCGUAUUCCCGCUGGCUGCGGAGAACCUACCAUAUAAGAAGUUCCCUCCGGAGUUCUUGAAGGACCGAAGUGCGUGGCUAGGACGGAAGAUCGACGCCGACGCGAUGGAAGCAAACCAACCAGUCGUGAAGAGCUGGCUGAUCUCCCACCUCACCCUUCUCGAAGAACAACUCGCUGACGGCCGCGAAUGGCUCAUGGACACCGAAACACCGAGCCUGGCGGACAUAACCGUGCACUUCCCCUGGGUCUGGAUGCAGCAGUUCCGGGCUCUGCGCGACCUCUUCGAUCGCGCGCGCUUCCCCGCAACCAUCGCGUGGAUCACCCGCACGACCGAUUAUAUCGCGAAGGUCGGCUCGCAGCAGCAGAUAGUGCUUGACAAUAUUGCCGGCGCGCGUGCUGCGGAGAUCAUUGCUUCGUCGCCAGCGCCCGAAGACCCCAAGAUCGUCGGAUUCGACGCGGGGGAGGCUGCGCGGUUGGGCAUCGAGCGCGGGCAGGUUGUGUCGGUCACCCCUUCGGACAACGGGAAAGUACCCACCGUUGGGAGGCUGGUUUCGCUGAACCACGAAGAGGUCGCGAUCGAAACGAAGGGCUCCUCAGGCACCUCCGUUCACUGCCAUUUCCCGAGGCUGAAUUUCGUGAUUAAGCCGGCGGCGCAUGGCGCGGGCGCGAAGCUGUAACUUGCGCUCUGUUCUUAUAUGACACCACCUACAGCCUCGGGUACGAUGCUGGAGUUGAAAGCACACACCUAUAGCACUGGUACUCCUGUACUGCCUCGCUCUUGUAUACAUACUAUCUCCUUAUGAAGC